AUGGCAUCCACUCCUCAGGCGCAGGCGGACUCAGUCCUAUCUGCAGUCUCAUCCAUAUCAACAUGUUCAUCGGCUACUGUCGUUUUACUCAGAAACCUGCUUGUACCAAAUGACGCGGCUAUCCCUACGAAACCUUCGGCCGCAAACGAGACGCGCACGACAAAGACUACCCGAACAACGAAGGCCUCGAGCGCGAAAACUCCAGCCAAGAAGACGGAAAAGGGUGCGCCGGACGGCUUAACCCCAAAGGAACGCGCAGUGCUCGCCACCAAGGUCGUGAAUGCGACCUUGAAGACACUCGGCGAUGCUGCAAAACCCACGCUCGCGGUGGCGGCACAGCCGGCGGCCGAAGCUCAAGGUCUUGCCAAGAAGACUUCCCGGGCUGCACUGCGACGAUCGAGCUCUGCGCCAAUGACGCCUCUCAAUCCACGAACCCUGAACAGGACCUCUUCCUCGCCGACGAAGCCAGCAGCACGGCCAACCUCUUCGUCAUCCGCAACAGCAACGGCCCGAUCCAAUGGGUGCCUGGCCGUUGUGGAAUGCGCGCGCGUAGCUUUCACUGCACUUAGGGGGCUUCAGGCUGCGGGAGAGACGAAACUACCUGAACUACAGUUGGAGAAUGGCCUGUCUGCGCUCGCAAGUCGACUAGUCGCAGUUGGGAUGUUGGAUCAGGCGGUCAGAGAGCUUCGUCAUCUCAAGCAGCGAUUAGACUCUCUGUUGGGAUUAUCUGCUACAGCUGCCCCUGUUCCUAAGAAGAAAACUGCAAGGGCCGCACAACCUGAAGUGGCAGUCCCAGUUGCCCGCGUGUCAGACAUUCUUGAUUUUGGUGGGAUCCAGGUCAAGGACGCCGGACCGAUCACUGAAUUGGUUAUAUCGACGCAAUUGUUGGCCCUCAGGGUACUUUCUCUAAUGAAGAAGCCGCAGCACACUCAACCUGCUGUUGAAUAUCUCAAAGAUUCGACCAAAGUUUCGCCUCUUGGCUUGUUGCUUGCAUCCGUGGAAUGUGGUCUCAAAACCUCUGACAAGGCCGCUCGGCAGUUGGAGACAUUCUCUCAGCUCCUACUGUCGCUCGCGCCGAGUGUGUCGGGCAAGGCCGAUGCUGAAGCAUGCGAGCCACGCCUAAACAUCUCUCCAUCGGCCGCGUUCGAGGUGCAUGUCCUCGGACUGGAAGCAAGGACGCACUGGUGGAGCUUAGCUGGGCACAAAGGGGACGUAGACAAGGACAUAAUUCAGCCGUUAUGGAGGUGUCUUGGAGCUUAUGUGCGAAGAAAGCCAGCCGCGGAUGAGUCGCUGUAUCUCAGUUGUGCAGACGCCGUUCAGCGUGUUGUUCAACUGGCCAAGAACAAAGGGUUCAAGCCGACCGAGUCCUUCAAAUCACCUUUGGCAAGCUUGUACCAGGCUCUCGGGGCUAUGGCAAGGGAGUCACGACAGUAUCAGGAGGCGACCAGCUGGAUCAAACGAUUAAAGGGACUGUUGCAACCUAGCGAGGACUCGGACACCAGCCGCUGUUCCGUCGCGGCCCUACUCCUCUCCAUUCAGCUAAAGGAUGCCGAGCAGUAUGCCGAGAGCGAGAACCUACUACGCGAAGUACUGGACGGUAUCCAAGGCGUACUCAAGGGGAACACCAGUGACUUGGAGAGCCUUCUCACAAAUGUAAAUCUCGCCAGAAGAUCGGCGAUGAACGCAUUAGUAGACGAAGUUCCAAUACCGACUACUUCAAAAGGACUGAUGGAAGAGCUUGUUCUCCAGUGUCCAAAGUUUUGUCUGAGAUGGCUAGGAAAACCCAUACCGGCCAGUGGAAGCACCAAAGAUUUUGUGAGCUACGAACAAAGGCGGCAAACGCUAGCUACUAUGUUGCAACAUAUGCUCGACUCGGCAUUUUUGGUGAUCAAGAUUCUUUUGGACGAAAAACGAGUCUCAUGGACGCAAAUGGACUCCAUCCUAGCUGACUGCCUCACGAUUCUCGAAUACAUGGGUGAUGCAGCACCCAAGCCUGGAUCUCCAGGCAACUCAGCCUAUGUCAAAAUGUCACUCUUUCAUUGGAUUCACUACAGCACGCUUGUCGAAUCUAGCAAAGAUCCCAAAGACCCAGAGCCACUCAGAGCACUUCGCCGAUCCAUCGAGUGCGUCAAGCAUCGUCCUGCAGCUGAGAAGGAAAAGACGCAGUUUGCAACAAAACUUGAACGCAUGGCUGAGCUUUGUCAAUCCAUGGGCCGCAUCAGCGAGGCUCUUGGGUCACUUCAGACACUCAGAUCAGCAUUGAUAGAUGAUGGGGCACUGGAUGAGGUUGUCGAAGUCUCGACAAAUCUACCUCCUGCGCUUGCCUGGAAGUGCAGUGCUAAGACAGCCAAUCUUUCACGAAUCUUAACAUCUAUCGCGAAGCUGGAGCAGAUUUGGAUAGACUGGUCAGUUGAUAUGACCGAGCCGGAACAGCUGGCUGUCCGGGAGCAUCGAUUACACUUCAUCCUCAUGAAAAGUGACCGUAUGCUUCCCACCAUGACAGAUAAAACUGUCGAAUCACUACUCACCAAAUAUUACCCCACGAGACAUCCAAUAUGCCGCCUGCGAACGCUGUUAUGCCUCUUUGUCGUUCACCUCGACAGCUCGGAUGAGCUCACGGCAAUAGAGUCUCAAAUUGAGGCUGUCGUCGGCCUGAUUAAGAAGUCUGGCUUCGGAGAAGACUCGGCUCUGAGUAGCUAUAUGGAGCAUUACAGGGCCUAUUACAAGUCCCUUUCGGCCAUGAAAUCCCAAACGCCUGACCUCGAUCGUAUUGAGCAGUCCAUACAUCAGUGGAAAACAAUCGCUGAAACAUGCUCAACACCCGCUGACUUGGACAGUCGCAUCGACGAUGCUUCACACCUUGUUCGUCACCUACAGUCCAUAAUAGACUUUUCCAAGACAAUGGGACAGGAUUCUCUCCAGCUCUCGGCUCUCGAGCUUGUAACGAAAAUUUCGGGGCUGCUGGAAGACUCUGAUACAGACACUCGACUUGCAUCCAAUUCUAGACUAGCACUGCUCUAUGCCAGUACCGGUCGAUCCUCUUUGGCACAUAAAGCUCUCGAAGCUGGCUUGAAGUUUACUCAAGAGAAAGAGGUGAUCUCUCGGGAGAGCGUCGCAAAUUUUCACCUUGCUUUUGCCGAGUUCCAAUUGUUCACUGGAAACUUAAACGAGGCAGAGGUGCAUUUCAAGCAAGCUCAGAAACAUGCUACAGAUAUAUCCAACAAUCAAAUCGCCAGGUCUCAGCGUAGAGAUCUAAUAACAUAUGCAUCGCUACUACAGUCCAUGAUAGCCUCUAAGAAAGGCGAGGCGCACCACGCGCUGAUCCAUGCAAGGGAAACGGUCCGUAUUCUCUUUCGAGAAUGGACAAAACUUGAAAGAGCUGCGUCGGGCUCAUCGACAACGGAUCAAGCAAACGAAAGCCAAGGCAGUAUAAGCCUCGUGACAUCCGUGGCUGGUGCUCCCAGCUCGGCGUCUGGGGAUUCGACGGUCACUGCUGGACCGGAGUUUUGGAAACUUUUUUACCCACUGUUUCGCAGCUUGUCUCACUUGUCUUCUGUUUACGCUCACCUGGGAAUGUUUCAAGAAACCGUCUACUAUGCAGAACAAGCACAAAAGCUUGCACAGACCACAGGUGCCAGGCUCUACUUGGCCCAAUGCGAGUCCUGGAUGGCUUCCGUGUACUUGAGAGCAGGCAAGCUGCAGCGAUCGCUCGAGCUUGCUAAUUUGUCGAGCUCCAAGCUUCUUAGUAAUGACCAGUCAUGCACAGCUGUGGCCCUGGCAUGUCAGCUCGGAGGACUUUACCGCGAUCUGAAGGAAUUUGAAGCAGAGCUCAGGAUGAUCCAACGCGCCGAGGAUACAUUGGUCGCCAUCGAUAGGGAAAUUGCCGAGGUGGUGGAGAAGGAGGCUGAAGAUGAAGAUCAAGAUCAGCCCUCGUCAAGGGCGCGUAAAGGCGCUGUCAGAACCGCCAAACUUCCGAUCAGGGAGAAGCCAGCCGCGAGACAAACCACCCGAAAGGCUGCUGCAACCACGACAACUGCGCGCAGGACAACCAAAAAGGCACCAGUGGCAGUCGAGAGCACGACCACCUCAUCAGUUCCUGCGCCGUCAGAGUCCACCGACAUCAUCAUCUCUACCCUGAAGGCAUCUGUAGCAGUGCACAAAGCGGUCUCGUUUGUGAACAAAAAGGAUUGGAAUUCCGCCAGAGAGACGCUUGAAAAGUCUCAAGCCCUAACAAAGCUGGCGAGGGGCAAACUUGGAGAAAUGCUGGCGCAAGCAAUGUGCCACUUUGGCCAGUGCCAGGAGCAAAUGACGAGGGAUGCGGUUUUUUCAGUCAUACAGGACUCGACGUUGUCGUUUCCUGCAGUUUGCAAAAGUGCAUCCGAUCGCCCGUCGCCUGCCAAACCCACACAGCCGCAGAAAGGGAGGUCUGCCGUCAGUGCUGCCAGCAAGCGUCACCCUGACUUCCUCGUUAAUCUACAAGCCGCCCACGACUGUCUUGUAGAGGCCCAUUCGAUUGCUAUUGUUUCUGGAGAUGCGGCCAUGGUCCACCGGAUAGCUGUAAUGCUACAAAGCACCGUGCUUAUUCUCUCUGCGACGGGCACAUCAAAACCUCGCCUUCUGGGAUCUCAAGAUUUGGCAACCUGCUCCGUUGAGGCGGCACAGAAUCUUACAUGGAGGAGGGAGCGCAAAGCGUUGCUCCUAGAGAAGCACGCAGUCAGAAACGAAGCACUCGAGUGGCCGAUGCCAGUCAGCCUGGGAGAUGCUUCUCCUGGUGGACGUCUGAGUCUGGCCCCCGUUGCGGAUAUGAGCCGCUUUCAGCGUGACUACAUUGACAUAAUCCCCAAGGACUGGACGGUGAUUUCGGUCUCGCUCAGUGACAACAAGCACGACUUGUGUAUUUCCCGGCUUCAAGCUGGACACACUCCUUUUGUCAUUCGUCUCCCCCUCGAGCGGGCAACUUCCCGAGACACAGAUAACGAAUCGUUCAAUUACCAGACAGGCCGUGCUGAGCUGCUCGACAUCAUUGAACUGGCAAACGCGAGCUGCCACGACGCUCGGGACAUGUCGGCCAAGGGCGCCAAGAGUGCUUGGUGGGCUCACAGAGAGGAACUGGAUGAGCGCCUGAAGAAUUUACUCGACAACGUCGAGCAGGUGUGGCUCGGUGGCUUCAAGGGGAUAUUUUCACAGCAAAAGCGCUGUUCGGAGCUGCUCGCACGGUUCCAGAAGAGCUUUACUCACAUUCUGGACAAGCACCUGCCAUCCAGAAAGCAGGUCUGGGGCAAAAGGUCAAAAGCGGCCUCGGCUUCCGCAUCUACGGCCAACAAGGUUACGCUUGAUCCACGAAUCCUAGAACUCUUUGUGGGUUUGGGCGACGUGACUGAUCCCAACUGUGCUGAUCUUGACGAUGCUCUGAACGACCUGCUCUACUUCGUCGUGGAUAUCCUGCAGUUUCAUGGCGAGCCAAAUGCCUAUGAUGAAAUUGACUUUGAUGCAAUGAGUGUCGAUGCAUUUGACGCUCUGCACUCAUAUUACACGGCGAUGCAAGAGAGAAACGACAGAAAUGGCUCAUCUGAGAAUCGAAAGGCCCAUACGGUUCUUGUCUUGGACAAGGCUUUACACGUGUUCCCGUGGGAAUCCUUACCUUGCAUGGAGGGUCAUGCUGUCUCUCGUGUACCCUCCCUCGAAUGCCUCAGGCGGCUGCUGCUCGAUAGAAAAAGACCAAAGACGACGACGGAGGACCACUCGAACUCUCCUGUGAGCGGGAGGCACGUCUCCAGAAACUCAGGCACAUGGAUCCUCAACCCUGGUGGUGAUCUCAAGACGACACAGACAACAUUCGAGACGUCUCUCGCGUCGUCUCUCGGAAAGCAGAGCAACUGGCACGGCAUGGUCGGGCGCGUCCCCACCGAGUCCGAGUUCGAAGAGGCGCUACGCAGCAGGGACAUCCUGCUCUACUUUGGCCACGGCAGCGGCGCCCAGUACAUCCGCGGCAGGACAGUCCGCCGUCUCCAGGGUGGCUGCCGGGCUGCGGUCCUGCUCUGGGGCUGCAGCUCGGCGUCGCUGGCCGAGGCGGGCGACUUUGAGACGCACGGCCCGGUGUGGAACUACCUGAUGGCCGGCUGUCCGGCCGUCACGGGCACACUGUGGGACGUGACGGAUCGCGACAUCGACCGGCUGGCCGUCAGGGUCUUUGAGGAGUGGGGCCUGGUCGGCGAGGGUGUAUUCAAGGAGGAGGCCAAGGUCAAGAGUGGCAAGAGGACGGCCGCCGCUGCAGGCGCGGGCAGGGAGGUGGCGCCGGCGGCGAGGGAGCCCCAGACCUCGCUGGUGCAGGCCGUGGCCAAGGCAAGGGAUGUUUGCAGGUUCAAGUACUUGACAGCUGCGGCGGUUUGUGUCUACGGCAUACCUGUGUACUUGGAUGAUGAAUAA